UUAUUAUAUUAUCUACCUAUUAUUUUUUUAUUGUUUUUAUUUAUAAAUAUUAUUAUUAUUGUUUUGAAUCUUGUUUUUACUUGAAUACCGUAAACCAUGAUCUCCGUAUUAUUAUUAACGCCCUUUGUUCGCGUCAUCCUUAUUGUUUUAGUGUAUAUAAGUAUUACAGGGCAACUGCCAUUGGUAUCCAGUCAGUCGCCUUCGGUUUCUUACCACCACGAAUCAGUUUAUAUUCAACCUCAAAAUGUUCCAUAUGGGUCUUAUGUUGUUGAAGAUAUUUCUCAGCAUUCAAAUAAAGAACAAGUAUCUCAUGAACGAUCGAAUCCCACUCAAAAUGAAGCCAAAGACCCUGAUAUGAUACUAAUAAACAUAAAUACUGGUCCUCAUCCACCUGGACUUGAUGAACUUCAACCUGACACAGCCAUUGGGCCGGAUGAAAUGUAUUAUUUUGCACCUAAGAAUCCACAAAAUAAUAAAAGUUCAAUUAUUGGUCAACGUUUAGAUGUUACAAUUUUUGAAGACUUCCUUAACACUGCACCUGAGAAGCAUAGAAAUCGUUUAGACUUUUAUAAGGUUCCUUAUUUAAAUAAUCUCGUAUUACCAUUAAGAGCUACAUUUUCAGCUGCAAUCUCGAUAUUCAAUCCAUAUUCAGAUGUUCUUCAAGUUGUAAAAGUGUUUGGUGGCGGACCUGGGUUUCAUUUAAGUUUACCAUCUGGUCAAAUGGAAGACCAAAGAAAUGUUUGGGACAUUAUGCCAUAUCAAACAAAACCUUUGAUUCGAUUCACAUUUUCAGAACGAUCGAAGAAAAAUCAUUCUACUAAAAUUGGAUUAUUUUUGAGUAACCACGAGUACAUAAAUGUGCCCAUCAAUAUAGUGAUGGUUUCAAAACCAGGCCUUUACAGUUCAGAACAUAUAAUCGACUUUGGUGUUGCUAGUAGAAAUGGUUUAGUCACUUCUAAAGCACUGAACCUGUGUAAUUCAGCAAAGUCAAGUAUUAUUGUACAGAAUGUAACAUCUGAUUCUCACUUUGUGACUGUGGAUUUUCCUCAUGAAGUAGAAGUACCUCCACAGUCUUGUACAGCAGGCCAAGUUGCUCAUAUUAGUUAUCACUGGGAUUAUGUUGGUUAUUCAUACGGUGAAACACACUAUGGACAAUUAACUGUAAAAAGUAAUAAAGGUAGCGAGUUGAACAUACCAUACCAUGGUAGAACACUAGAGGGUGAUUUAGUGUAUGAAGAACAAUCAUUGCACUUUGUGAUGUCAAAAGCAAUUCGUUCAACAAGCAUUAUUAAAACUUUUUCAUUGCUUAAUAAUUUUUCAUCUACUCCAGUAGCUAUUUCUCAAAUAGGAAUUCCCAAAAACGCCACACAGUAUUUUAAGAUAAGAGAUUUUAACCCUGUUAUUUUAAGACCGGGUCAAAAUAAAACAUUAUUUCGUGUUGCAUAUGUAAACCCUAAUAAUUCUAAAAUGGAUAUCAUAUCAUAUAUGGAAUUUAAAACCAAUGCUUCAGAUUUUACUAUUCCAUUGAUGGUUUAUGAUGGACAACUCUCACAGGUUUUGCCAGCUACUAAUAUUAUUACUUUGCCGCCAAUAAGAAUAAGUUCACCUCGCCAUACUUACAUUGUAGUAGCAAAUGAAAAUCCUGUUGCCAUAAUGAUUAAGGAUUGGGGUACAACAUAUACACCACAUGUUUCACUAAAUUUGGUUGAAAUUGGUAAAUUUAAUUCAUCAAUGCGACGAAAUAGUGCAGAUAGUUGGUCUCGACCAAUGAUCCGUGAUGAUCAAAUACCAGCUCCUGUAGCAUUGCCAGUUAAACAUUAUGCUAUAUUCCAAUUAUUGGUAUCUACACCGAACCCAGAUCAAAACUUAACAGUUAAAAUAUGGAUUCAAACUCAACAUCAGCAUUAUAGUAUACCUUUAAAAGUGUCUGUAUUUGACAAGAAUUUACAAGUGAUAGCUGAACCAUUAACAUUUGAAAAUUGUCAUCCAGGGGCAGUAUGUACAGCAGAAGUAAAUGUUAUGUCAUGGUUAGACAGAACAUUAGCAUUAACAUCAGUUACAAGUGAAUUUGUUAGUGAGAAUGUUCGAUUUGUUCCCACAAGACCAUCACUCAUACAACCACAAAUGGUGUCUUUAGUUGGACAUAUAGAAUGGAUUCCUGCUCACUACAAAAAUUCUUCAGGAUGGAUAGGACUGUUUAGUAAAGCCGAGAGAGCAAUGUGGUUAUCAAGUUUUCAUUUAACAAAUUCUUCUGAAACAAGCUAUAUGGAUUUUUCAUGGUUUUAUCGUAGAAUGGGAAAAUAUUAUGCAGAAGAAGAUAACCGUACUCUAAGACAUCAGUUUACAUUAGAGACCGGUGGGGCUGAAACAUGUCAGUUUAGUGUGCAUCUUCAUUUGAAAUGGCCAAAAUUCAUACAAGAACCUGGCGAAAACAGACAACAGACUACAUUUGAGCUACCUACCAUGGAAGUGAAAGGCCAACCAUACUAUCAAAAAAUUUUAGUGAAAAAUACAUUUCAUACACAAAAUAUUACUUUGCAUUUGGCUAUGUAUCCACAUCCAUACUGGUGCAAUAUCACAGAAUUCAUAGACUUAUUUGAACACGAGGUUAAUUCUUUGCUGAUAUCACGAGAUGAUUGGGAAUUAGUAUUGAAUAAUACUAGUCCUUAUCGAAGGAAAGUAUUAAAUGUUAAAAACUCUGUGUAUGUUCCACAUAAGAAAACAAUGAUAUUUGUUUUACCUCCUCAAAAACAACUUGAAGUGUUAGUAAGAUUUCAGCCAAAAAAACCUGGAGUUAGUACAUCUAUACUUUUUAUUAGAAACGAUGUAUCCAUUUUAGAAAGUAUUUUACUAAAAGGAAUGGGAGCUUAUCCAGUAUUAUCAUUUGGGUCCAAAAGAAAACUACCUCCAUUAAUUUUUGAUCUAGAAUCAAGUCCUAUGAUUGAUGUCAUUUGUAGUAAAAAUAAAACAUCUUUACCAUCGGAGACCAGAAUAUUUUUAAUAAAGAAUCCUGGCAAACAUACAGUAAGGAUUAUUUCCAUGACAAUAAAUAGUGUACUGUGCAGUGGCUUUGGCUUUAGAAUUUUGGAUUGUAGAAAAUUUUCUCUUUUACCUAAUCAAUCUAGAGAAGUGUCUGUAGAAUUUACUGCUGAUUUCACAUUAAAGUCAGUAAUUCGUCAACUAGAAAUAAAUACUGAAGAAACAAUUGGAUCAGAGACUACUAAUCGUAUAUUUAUCUACCAAUUGUGGGGUAUUGUACCACCUGAAUGGGAAUUAUGUAAAGAAAAAUACACAUGGCAAGAGUUUCGUCGUGGUGAUAGUUGGGUUAGACCAGAGUGGGAAUCUUCAAUUGGUCAAGUUAUACUCGUAGCAGCUGGCAUUCUAAUGGUAGUGGCUUGGCUUGUUUCAAUAGCUGCUGUGCACACUAUUGACAAAGAUUUUUUAUCCAAAAAUCUUGGUCCUCCUUGUGUUGGAGCUCAUGGAAAACGAUCGUUUCAGUCUGUUUUAGCACAAUCGGCAAAUAAUAAAAAAACAGAGUUUAAGAGUUCUAAGCACAAAGAAAGCAUUGAAGAAAAACGUAAUGAAGUAAUAUCAGAUCCAACAUCUUUAGGGAUAACACAAAGUGAAAACAGUUAUGUCAAGCCUUCAGAUUCUACACCUAUUUGGAGUUUUAUGCUACGGAAUACAGAUCCAGAACCAGAACAAAAACUUGAAAAAGAUCGAAGCAGAUCUCAUAUACUUGACAAUCAUCCCAAAGAAAAAACAAAGAGACGGUAUUUAAGUCAAACAGUGCAAGAAACAGAUUCAAGUCAAAAGUAUAAUAUUUCUUCAUGGCAAGUUGCGAGAAACAGAUCUCCAGCACAGAUAAUAGAUCCUUUGUUGAACAAAAAUUCGAAAUUGGACGAAGGGAAAUUUGAAACUGAAAAUCGAAGACGUGCUGAAAAAUUAUUAAAAAAACAGUUUGGCCUAAAACCAGUGGAUAGUUGGAGAAAACAUAAGAAGGCUUUAAAUGCUGCUAAAUAUUAUGAAGAACUUCCAGCAACAGAAAAAAUUAAUUCAAAUCAAGAACAAAAGGUGCCAGUAGAAAGUAAACCAGAUCCUAAAAUUGUAAAAACUGUCAAAAGCAAUAAAAAAAUUUCAAUCAGUCUUCCAGUUAUAAAGCAAAUUAAUAUUACAGAUUCACCAAUAACAGUUUUAAACUCCUUGCCUGAAGUUGUAAAGAAACCUAUAGCUUCUGUUGCACCUUAUCAAAUUGUUCUUCCCAAACAAUCAAAUGUGACAGUAGUACAACCAGAACGUUUAAAUGAAAAGAUUAAUGUUUCUAAAUCAAAAACAGUACAAACUGCACAGAACAAAAUUGAAAAAGAUUCUACAACACGGCCCGUGAUUUCAAAAAAAUCAAUUAGUGAUGAUGAUGGGCUAUUGGUGGAGUACAAAUGUAUGAAAAAGAAAAAUAAAACUGAAAGAAAAUCAUCAUUACAGCCACCUACUUCAUCAAUAAUAUCACUAGUAUUCGCACCAGUAGCACCUCCCACAGUAUUUAAACCAAAAGUUCAAACUGUAGAAAGAUUCAAUUUGUCAGAAACAACAAAAUCAAAAAUUCAAACUGUUGAAAGAUUUAAUUCAUCGGAAGUCAUCAAAGUAAAAGUUCAAACUGUAGACGUAUGUAAUUCACCUGAAGCAGUGAAAUCAAAAAAUCUACAAUCUUUGGAACAAAGUCAUUCAUCAGAACCAUUAAAAUCUAAGGUUCACAUUGUAGAGGAUUCAUCAGAUGUAAUAAAACCAAAGGCUCAAACUGUGGAAAGAUGUAAUUCACCAGAAAUAACAAAACAAAAUACUUAUGAAAUAGUUUUGGCUAACGUAGAAAAAGAAAAAAAGGAAACUCCAUCAUUGAAUAAAAUUCCUCAGACAUAUCAACAACCUGAUAUCGAGAAAAAAAUAACUGUAUUAAAAAGGGGCUCUGAUGAAAAACAAGUGAAUCUAUCGCCAACUGUAACCAAUAAACAUGUUUUUAUUUUAGGCCCUGUGGGUUCAGGAAGAGAUCGCAAAAAUGAAGAAAAACUAACGAAAUGUGAAUCUGAUUCGGUUUUAGUAGAGGCUAUUAAAAAAGAAUCAGAAUCUAGUAUUUCAAUAAUUGAUACUAUGGCAGCAACAACAUCGAACAGUGAGAGUCGCACAGAUAUUAUGACAUUUUCUACAAAUGAUCCAGGAUAUAAUUUGUGGACAUCGUAUGUGUGGGGACCUGUUUAUGAGCAAUCUACUAAAAAUUCUAGUCCACAAAAAUAAAUUUUUGAAUACGUACUGAAGACCACUGCCCAUGUAGUUAUGCAAGUCUUUUUGAAGUUCUGAAAUUUAGACUUUCUUGAGGACAAUUGUAAGUUUAUUUUGUGUUUUAUAGGCAAUAAUGAAUUUGUUUGAUAGUAGACACAUUUUGUUUUUGUGGACAUUUUGUGAGUCUAAUUGAGCACGAUUUUUUUUAGAUUUCUUGAUAUUUUGUUUCUACCUUGUUCAUUUUUUCUUUCUUUAAUAUCUGUAUUAAUUCAGUAAUAAAGAUGUGAAAAAAUUUGAAAAUACAAA